UUGCCUCCACUUAGCUGAGUGUAUCUGGCAUCACAGGUUAUUUUGAAUUACAUGAUCAUACUGGCCAAGAAAAUGGGUGAAAUGGUUGAACAGAAAGGAGAAAACGAAAGAGUCAACAGAUGGCGCAGUCUUGCCUUGUUCCUGUUACUGACGUGUUUGGCUUUCCUGGUAGUGAUUGUGUAUAUGGCGACUGUGAUCAGUGACGUCAGUAAGUCCGAAACUUCGCAAAAGGCACAUGGUACUGUCUAUCGUGGCGAACCGUCUGAGCCGUCUGUGUUUCAUGACUUGACAGCCACUGAGAUCCGUGGCCUCGUUUCUUACUUGACACAAGAGGGAUCCCUCAACAUCACCAGACCUCCCUUCAACACAGUACACACCAACUACCGCUAUCUAGCCGAGCUGUACCUACCCAACAAAGACGAUGUGUUAAGACAUUUAGAUGGCGAUGGAAAACAGCCAGCUAGGGAGGCAGUUGUAACUAUAUUUCGAGGUGCAGAAAACCCACCUGACGUCAUCGAAAGACUUGUCGGCCCUCUUCCAAAUCCGACUUACAUGAGACCAGUUCCUGGGCGACCAUCCUCUGUUCCCUACAUAUUACGACCAAGUAACAUACCAGAACUCGAUAAGGCGGUGCUCUUUGCAGAACAACAACUUGAUACGAGGCUUCGAGAGUACCUACAGACGUUCUACGGUGGAACUCUCAGUGAUUGUGGCUCCGAAUGUCUCAUUCUCACCUAUUUUUCUACUAUGUCACCAACGUUCAGCGGGGAGCAAACCCGAAAGUUUUGGUUCUGGCUGAGUCGGAACAAAGAAAACUAUUUGUUGAACAAUUUAGAUUUCUCUGUUUUAGUUAACUCUGGUAGUUCUGAUUUCGCCAUUGAAAAAAUAUGGUUCAGUGGAACUACUUAUGACGGGAUAGAAGAUUUCAAAUCUCGUGUGUUUCUCAAUAGGACGAGACCAUCAUGGCCCGACCCAAAUCACGACAAGUCGUUUUCAAAGGCAGAAAGACGCGGGAAACCGUUUUGGGAGGAACCUCUCCGAAACCCUGCACAGGUUGAACUAGACGGAAAGCGAUAUAGUGUAAAUUAUAAUCACGUGACUUAUAUGCGAUGGAGAUUCGACUUCCGAAUGUCUAGUGCGCAUGGACCACAACUCUACGACGUCCGGUACGAUGGUCAACGAAUUAUGUAUGAGAUUGGCUUACAGGAAUUAUGCGUGUUCUAUUCGGCUAACAACCCAGCUCAGAUGUUUGCUGACUUUUUCGAUUCUUUUGAUCUCAUUGGCCCGAAGGCUAGUCCUCUCGUGCCUGGGGUAGAUUGUCCGUCUCACGCGACAUUUAUCGAUGCCUCUUUCCUCAAGGAGACGUCCGACGAGCCGUUCACCACUCGAAAUGUGUUCUGCAUAUUUGAACUGAAUACAGGCGACCCGCAUCGCCGACAUUUUAAUUACGAACCUCUUAGCCAGACCUCUUACGAAGGAAUGGAGAGCAUUAUUCUCGUAUUUAGGACCAUCCUCACUGUCAUGAAUUACGAUUACGUAAUUGAUUUCCGCUUUUUCCAAAAUGGUGCUUUCCAAGUACGUGUUCUUUCUACAGGUUUUAUUUCAACUAGUUAUUACAGACCGGAAGAGAACCCGUAUGGAUAUCGCCUACACGACUUUAUUACCGGAAAUCUUCACCAUCACCUGAUACAUUUCAAAGUCGAUCUUGAUGUUAUGGGUACGAGUAAUCGCUUCGCAACUCUUGAUAUUGAACCAGACACUGUAGACAAUACUUGGGGUAAGGUCGGUGGACAAAAAUAUCAUCAAACCAAAUUCAGUCAUAACGUGAAACCAGAUGAAAUGAGCGCUGCCUACAAGUUUGAUUUUAAUUCACCAAAAUAUCUUACGUUUUAUAAUAAUAGAUCAACAAAUAAAUAUGGCGUACACAGAUCGUAUCGUGUGUUACCACGAGGAAUGACAAAGCCAUUGCUGGCGGAAGGAUAUGAUAAUGAACCUUCUAUGUCUUGGUCGCGAUAUCAGAUGGCGGUGACACGGCGGAAGGAAACGGAGACUUUCAGCAGCUCGCAGCAUGCCGCACUUGACGCUUCAAACCCAGUUGUAAGGUUCCAAGACUUUUUAGAUGACAACGAAUCCAUAUUGGACGAGGAUCUCGUGGUGUGGCUUACCCUAGGGAUGCAUCACAUUCCUCACACCGAGGACCUUCCAGUCACCCCCACCCCUGGAAUGGACGUUGGGUUUUUUCUCUUGCCAUUUAACUAUUUCCCGGAGGACGCUGCUAUAGCAGCAAGGAACGCUAUCAGAAUAGAGCCACGAGAUAGAAAACGACGCAUGGCCGGUUCGAAAGUGGAUCGGUAUGGUGUUAAACAGGAGUUGACAUGCCAUUCCACGGAAAACACAUUCUGGCGCGACAUCGCGCGUGACUCCUCAAUUCUUUUCGAUACAGAAGACGCAUGAGAGGAAUACAGCAUAAACUAAUUUAUAGUCCAUGUAUCUGAGCUGAGUAUACAUUGUAGAGUACAUAUAACCGAUCACAGUAGUAUCUGCAGACCAUAUUUCCAGGAUUGCCACAUGUACUUUUAAAAAAAUGAAAAAAAUAUGGAAACAAUGAAACCAAACAUAUUGUCGUCAAUAGGGUAUACAGCGUCUUACUUUAUCUGUCACGCCUAUCCUUAUGUCCAGCAGGAUAAAUUAUAUCAUGUUCUACUCUCCAAGUUCGAAUCGAGUAUACCAUAUACCUAGUAUAUCUCCACUCAUCCAUUAAUGGCUCAACUACAACAGGUUUUAAUAAAACUGAAAUUGAUAAUUUCUCAUCUAA